AUGACUACGCCUAACAACGACGCUCGUGUUGUGACUGAUCACAACACACUGCGUUAUGGCUUGAAGAUCCCAGCCGACGUCUGCCAGCGCAUCAUCGGCAAACUGGUUGAGACCGUCGAGCUAGACUCGGUGUGCCACCAGUUAACCGCCGCAAUCGAUAGAAUGAAGAAACAGAACUUACUCGUCACCCAAGUCUUCGACCGUGGCGUGUUGGCGUUCUUCCCAAAGCGUCGCGACCUCCGCCAGCUCGACGCGUCGUUUUACCGAGACCCCUGGAACCGUCCACCGCCCAUCACGUACGAGGCCGACCCUGCGGUCGGUAUUUGGCUUCCGUACAACAAAGAGGAGGAGAACGAGGGCUGGCAGCCUGUGCAGCCGGCCGGCCAGCGUGCUGUGUGCCUUCUGCUCGAAGAAGACCACCUGCUAGGCGAAGAAGACCGCGCCGCCCUCAUGAUCAUCAUGGAGGAUGUCACGGAGGCAGAGACGUCGGACACGGAGAGCGAGUUUGGGACCGACGGAGAAGCGGAGGCGGACGCAGACGGCGACACAGACGACGGGGAGUAUCUGGGGGACGAGAGGAUGUUUGCAGAAGCGCGCGAGGCCGAGAGAGAGUCGGACGAUGAAGACUUCGAGGAACUUGAGGGGAGCGAGGGAGGAGACGCCGAAUCAGACGAGUCGAUGCCGAGCCUGCGAACGAACGUCAGUAAUGAGUCGAGCGGCGAGGAAAUGGACAUAAGCGACAGCGAGGAGAGCUGGGGAAUGAGUGAAGACGAGGAAGAGGCCGAGGACCGGGCCUUUGGGGAACUUCAGCGCGAGCUCGAGCGUGAGCGCCUAGCUGCGCACUUGUUCGGUAAUUGCCCGGCGCUGGACGACCUCAUAUCAGACCCGGACGACGACGCGCCGCCCUGCUCUCCUUCUCCUCCUCCGCCAUCUCCACGCCCGACCGCCGCGCCCUUCGACGGCACCAACGACCGCGCCAUCUGGCCAGACGAAGCCGCCGGCUUUGCCUGCCAGGAUGCCUGGCGCCCCCGGCCUUUGCUCCCUCACGCGGUGACACGCGUCGAUGACGACGCUCCCGUUCGACUUGCGCGGUACGUCUGCCCGCCCCUCGCCACCGCUCUUGCUACCCACCGCGUUCCACUGCAGCCGGCACCGCCGCAGGAGCCGCAUCCCUUGCCGCUCCCGGUGCCGGUGUUCAGCGUCACCAUCCCUGAACAACCUGCGCCGCCGCCGUAUUCCGGAACUCAGCAGGUGCGCGGGCAAGCUACUUACCGGUUUGGUACCACUGUGCUCGUCGAGCACGAAGAGGAGACCGCCCAAGAGCCCGAGGAAGGAGAGUACGAAGAGGCUGAGGCCCUGGUACGUGAACGCAUCGCCGAGCUCGUCCGAGUCCUGACGCGAGCCUACGAAAUGAACGCGCAGGCCUACGAACCGACGGCCCUCGUCACUAACGACGAGGUGGAUGCCCCUGCCACUCCUCCCACACCCGAACUCGCUGCCGACACCUCCAUGGACAACACUACGGUGAGCAGCAUUGAGACUAUCCCACCUUAUACCGGACCACUUGCGCUCGCGGCUGCCCGCGAGAUCGUCGUCGGACGCGCUAUCCCUGUUGCUGACACCACUGAGCGCCGCUACACUCUCCCCUACCUUGAGCCGACUCCCCCGUGGCGCAACGACACCGACAACGACGUGCUCGACGACGUCCGUGAGUACCGCCGCCGAGUUCUGACGUUGCAGCCCGACCGAGGCCCGUCUCUUAACGUGCCGAACCCAGGGCAAGCGUCGCGUCGCUACGACCGCGACAGCACAACCGGACCGUUCGACUUGGCGGCCCUUGUGAGUAUCCGCCGCGCCCUUCUUCGCAUCCUAGACACCCAGUACACCUCCGCAGUCACCGCCGGGCUUCCCAACCUGUUGGACGACUUGCGCUGUGGACGAUUCGGCUGGGACAAAAAGGUCAUGGAGGUCGUCUUUCCUUACAGCGAACACUACGGCAAUGUGUUUCUAUUCGCCGAAGAGCAGCUCCUCCUACGGCAGUGCAAGUAUCUCUGGACGCAGAACAACCUCCGCGGACGCUAUGACGAGCGCAUCCAGGCGUGCCAGCGGGCCUUGGACUUUCGCACCACCCGAUACGACGACCGAGCGAUCCGGACGUUUCGGCUCACGGGACGACUCGGGAAGCUCGGACUCGCUCGGGAGCUUGUCACGUACCCCUCUACUGUGGCCCCCCGUGACUAA